AUGAAAGUUACUCUGCUUACUGUGGUUACAUUCGCCGCAGUGGCAACCCUUGCCAGCGCUGCCGAUCCUGAGUGCGUCUACAGGAAAUUGCGUGGAUUGGCACCCCACUGGCCAAAUCCUACCAGCUGUGCCAGUUACUACCGCUGCUCCAACAAGAAUACCGUGCGCUCCCUUAAAUGCCCAGCCGGCAAGGAGUACAAUUCCAAGUCCGGCAAAUGCUCAACAGCAAGACGUGGCCUCUGCAAACUGAGCUUGGCCGCACCCUUGGCGGAGCCAAGUAAUGUUUGCAGUAGUGAGGUGAGUGGUGCAUAUCUGUCCAAGACUGGCUACUGCGGGGAAUUCUUCAUCUGUGACGAUCAGGUGGCCUAUCCUCAAGUCUGUGAUGCAGGCAGCAUGUUUGACAUAACCACAAAUGGAUGCGUGCCCGACACCGAAUCCGUGUGUUGGCAAAAUUUCUGCCUGACCAAAACAACUGGUGAAGUUAUUGCCAGCGAAACAUCCUGCCUGAACUACUACGUCUGCGAGGACGGCCAGACCACUCAGAAAACCUGCGCCAGUGGCACCUAUUUCGAUGACAGCGUUGCGAGCUGUGUCGUUGAUGAGAAUAAUUCCCAUUGCUGGGAGAACUUCUGCGUUGGGAAGGCCGAUGGAUCAGCGGUCGCUGAUGCUGACAAGUGCACCAUCUUCUAUGUGUGCUACAAUCAAAUGGCCACCUCUCAAGAGUGCCCAACGGGCUCAUACUUUGAAGAGUCCGGUCCGCACUGUGUGCCCGGCACAUGUCCAAGUGAUGACAGCUCCACUUCGACAACCACCGCAUCACCCUCCGACUGCGGUUGCUCCGAUGGCUCUAGCAGUGGAGAGAUGGUACCCAAUCCGGAUAACUGCCGUAUGUACUUCACCUGCGUCAAUGGUGAACUCAUUCCCGGCGAUUGUCUGCAAGGCAAUUACUUUGACGGUGAACUUGGCAAUUGCGCGGUGGACAGCAGUGGCUGCUGCCCGGACAGCUCGUCGACAGACUGCGUGGAUGGCACCCUGACAGACGAUGCGAAUAAUUGCAAUCAGUAUUUUGUGUGUCAGGAUGGCAAUUGGGAGUCGAAGACCUGCCCAAGCGGCAGCUACUUUGAUACCCAGCUCCGGAUUUGUUUGGUGGAUGAAAACAAUGUGUGUCCGCAAUGCGACACGGGAGCCACAGACUCAAGCAGCACCACAGAAACUGUGCCCAUCAUCACCACUGAGACACCCCCUGCUAUUGAUGGUAACCCGUGCAGUGGAGUCGAAGCUGCGGUCGCAGGAGCUGACUGCUGGAACUAUUUGGCCUGUAUCGCUGGCAAGUGGAUUCAAGAGUCCUGCACUGGUGGCUACUACUUCGAUGCGUCUGUUGGCAUCUGUCGCCCCGAUGACGACAAUCAGUGUCCCGAGAACAAGUUGCUGGAACCGAAUGCGCGCACGCGACGUGCCGCGGAGAAUGACUGCAACUGCCCCGAUGGCAUGGACGAGGGCAGCAUGGUGCCGCAUCCCACCGAAUGCGCCAUGUAUCAGAUAUGUGUCAAUGGUCAGCUGAUCGAUGGCUCCUGUGGUCAGGGCAACAUCUUCAGCAGCUGUGAAAACAUUUGUGUGCCCGAUACCGAGGCUACAUGCUGGGUGUGCAACAACAAGCCCAAUGGCUAUCAAAUGAUAAAUCCCAGCGAUUGCACUGCCUACAGCACAUGCAUCGAUGGAGUAUCCGUUCCGUCCAGCUGUCCCAGUGGCGAGUGGUUCGAUGGCGAUGCCUGUGCCAUCGAUGUCACCGGCAAGUGUAUAAAUCCCUGUAGUUGUGGUUCGGGCAAUGUCGCUAAUCCUAUCUGCUCCAAGUACUAUAAGUGCACCGAUGGUGUUCCCCAGGUGGUGAACUGUGGGCCCGGCGCGGGCUUCAAUUCGGCAAUCGGCAAGUGCUCCAGCAAUGUGACGUGUGAGGCCAACCAAUGUGCCACAGCAGCUGAUCGAACUGCCAUUGCCAUUGCCGGCGAUGUGACAAGGUUCUAUUUGUGCGUCAACAAUAUUGCCACGAUUCGAUCGUGUCUCCCUAACACAGAGUUUAGUCCAACCUUUUUGGUUUGUCUGGCCACGCCAAGUACCUCAUGUGAUCAAUCACAAUGCAAGAAGGCCAAUGUGAAUCAGGUCUACCCAUCGCUAACUUGUGAUAAUACCACCUUCUGUCUAUGCCAGUCCGAUGGCGCGUAUCUAAAUAACUGUCCAUCCGGCUUGAGUUUUGAUGCAGCGUUGGGCGCAUGCACUUUUACGGGCCCUUGCGAUCCAGAAGUAUGUGUCGACACACCAGAAUACUCUGUUUCCGUGAACUACGAUGAUCCCAAUAGUUUCUGUCUGUGCCGUGCCGGCGAGCCGACGCCAGUGCCCUGUCCCCGCGGAUAUACCUUCAAUUCCGAACUGGAACUGUGCGUCCUUAUACCAAUUCCUGAUCCAAGAUGCUGUAGCACCUAUUGCGUUAACCAGCCAAAUUUUGUCACAUUCCCGGCUCUGGAUACAGACACUGGAUUCUGCAUGUGCACGGAUGAGGUGCCAUCUUUUAAACAAUGCCUGAAUAAUAUGAUUUUCGAUGCAACUCUAGGCAUCUGUUUGGUCCCCGCUGAACCUACCACAUGCCCUUGCAAUGAGUGUGAUUCGACUCAGUGUGUGAGUGGCCCAGACAAUCUGGUUUUCCCAUCGAAUACCCCAGCUGGCUUUUGUCUCUGCAAAGACUUUUGCGGUGUAUAUACCCCAUGUCUUCUGGAAUUCGAAUUCGAUCCAGACCUGCUGAUUUGCUUGGAGCCAGCGGGUCCCAGUGUCUGUGAUGCGUCGCAGUGUGAUGUUCUUGCCGAGAAUGAGGCCUACGCUGCUAAUAAUGGCACUGACGGAUUUUGCUACUGUCAGGAAGGCUUACCAAAUUACAGUCCGUGUCUCGACAAUAAGCAGUUUGAUGCCGUGUUAGGAAUAUGCUUGGAGCCUGUGAAUGGCUGCAUGGCCAGCUACUGUGACUCAGAGCAGUGUUCUUGCUUGGGCGAAUACCAAACAUUCCCCUCCUCAAACGAGGCGGACGACACUAGCUUCUGCGUGUGUGAGGGUGGUGAGGCAAUUUACGAGAACUGUCUGAGUGGUAAAUACUAUAAUGCUGGCGAAAGAGUAUGCAUGAUACGCGAGGCGCCUUGCUCUGUCUGUACACCAGGACAAUGUGCCACAAUGAAAGACAAUUCGAACUUCGCGGCGCUAAAUACAACUUCUGGCUUCUGUCUGUGCCUUGAAGGUGUUGCCACCUAUCUGGAAUGCCUCGACAACAAACAAUACGAUGCCACGCUGGGCAUAUGCCUCCCUAAGGCAAAGGCCGCAACCACUGAAGACUUGUUGUGUGAUGUGGCACAGUGCCAGAAUCGAGCUGCAAUUGGGGUAACGACAUUUGCAGCCAAAGAUUCGGCUAAUGGCUUCUGUACAUGCCAAGCCGAUGGCAGUGCCAGCUUUGAGAGCUGUGGAGAAUAUAAGAUCUACGAUCAGACUCUGAACAUAUGUGUCACACAUGCCUGUGAUCCGGAACUAUGCAAAACUCUCAAGAAAUUCGAAUCGUUCGCAGCGCGCAAUACAACUAAUGGAUUCUGCUCCUGUGACACUGUGCCAACAUUUUAUCAGUGCCCAGUUGGACGCGAGUUCAAUUCGGCCCUGGGUCUGUGUGUGGAUGUAGUCACAGGCGUCUGUGAUCCUCAAGAGUGUGCGGGUCGAACCACAAUCACGGUAUUUGCAGCGCAGAAUACAUUCGAAGGAUUCUGCCUCUGCGAUGGCAGUGUUGAAGGUGCCACCUACCAUAGCUGCCAAAAAGACUACCUCUAUGAUCCCACUCUGCAAUUGUGCGCUUUGAACGAUCAUGGCAUACAGAAGAGAUCUGUGGAGCCGGAGGAAAAAUUCGCCUGUGAAUUAAACAGCAAGCGGUCUGUGCCAGCGAAUUGCUCUCAAUACGAGAUAUGCCUGGAUGGUAAUUGGCGGCGACGCACCUGCUCCGAGGAGCGCUACUACAAUCCGGAGCAGCAGCGUUGCCUGGAGCCACGCGACGACAUGGUCUGUAGCUAUGCCCGAAGAUCAGGUCUGCCCGCCUGCAAUUCAAGCAGCGAAUCCGAAACUAUUCCGACCAAGAGUGAAAGGGGCAACAAUUGUCAGCAAUACUUUCGCUGUGCGGCAGGCAAGUGGCGACUGAGGAACUGCCCCAAGCGACAGUAUUAUGCCACGCAUCUAGGCAGCUGUCUCCCAAUGCCGGCCUACGAGGGCGAUGAUUUCUGCAGCUGGCUGAAUAGCACCCAGAGCACAGAUGAGCAGCCGGCCAGUUGCCAGCAGCUGGCUGUGCGGGCAGAUCCAUCGAGCUGCGAUCGAUUCCUGAUGUGCAUGGAGAACGCCUGGUGGAAACAGCAAUGUCCACUUGGCAUGUAUUUUAGUCGCACCUUCAACUACUGCCUGCCCAACAAUGCGAGCCAGUGCACAGUCGAGUUCAACAGAACUGAUUCCUCCACGGGCUGCACCAAUGGACAGAUACGGGCCUUGGCCACCAGUUGCCGUUCGUAUGAGGAAUGCAACAAGGCGAAUCAGUGGAUAGUCAAAUCCUGUGGUCAGUUGCAACAGUUCGAGCCGCUGCUGGGCUGUGUGCCCAGCGAUGGCAGCUGCCAGGGCAACGGGCUGCGACGCCCCUGCCAGCCGGGUGAGCUGAGAGCUCUGCCAUUGCCGGAAUCGAAUUGCAGCCAGUUCUUCUACUACUGCGACGCGGAUGACUGGCAUUUGGGCAGCUGUCUGCGCGGACAUAGCUUUGCCCACCACCUGAACAGGUGUCAGUCUGUGGAGCGUUGCCAGACCAUGCUGCAGCAACUGCCCACGGGCAGCUGUGUGGGUCAGCCUGAUGGCCAGAGCGUUGCCCAUCCGGAGGACUGUGUAAGCUUUUAUUUGUGUCUACGGGAGCAGCCGGCUCUACUUCAGAGCUGCUCCAAAGGCAGCUACUUCGAUGCCAAUGUCGGCUACUGUCGCCCCAACGAUGGCAGUUGUCUGCCCAUCCAUUCAGUGUGUGCCCAUCACAAGGGUGCUGGCUUGGUAGCUCAUGCGGACAACUGUCGCGCCUACUACAAUUGCUCCAGUUUCAAUUCGGUUCAAUUCCGGUUGAACUCCAGCCUUGGCCAGAAUGACACUCAGUUGUUCUAUUGCCCCGAGAGUCAAUACUUUGACAGCCUAACGUUACAAUGUCGCCUGGAUCAGGGUCAGUGCCGCCAACCCGCCCAAUCGUUGGCCAAUCUUACCAUCAUUAAUCCUUGCGCCGGAAUCGCACAUGGCACACGUCUGCCCCACAAGGUCUACUGCAAUUUGUACUACGCUUGCGUCCAUGGACUGGCCAUUCUAGUCGAUUGUCCACCUAAGAUGCGCUUUAAUGCAACGCUCCUGCGGUGUGUAAAUGAGUCGGAGUUCCGGCUGGAGUCGGAGUUGGAGAAGUGUCCGCUGGGACAGCUGACAGUUGAAAGUGGGAGUGGCAACAGUAGUGCCGUUGACAGCUGUGCCAGUCUGCAGAAUGGCAGCUACGUGGCUGACUCCAGGGACUGCACCAAGUAUUACAUUUGUGCGGGGGGCGUGGCGUUGGCACAACGCUGCGGCGCCGGCUCCUACUUUGAUGCAGAUCAGUUGUUGUGCACCCAGGACGAUGGCGCCUGCCCCUAUGUUGUUGUCAGUGGAAUUAAUGAAACGAUGAGUGCCUUGAACAACAGCAGCAGCGGGCAUCAGCCGCCCAAUCCGGAGUUGUGCGAGGGCAAACACGGUCACUUAAUGCCGGAUAAGUCAAAUUGCAACAACUUUUACCUGUGCGUCUCAAAUAAACUGCGCAGGGAGCGCUGCUAUGCGGGUUACUUCUUCAAUGCAACGCUGCAACAGUGCCAGGCCUUUGAGCUAACCGACGAGAAGGAUCUGCUGUCGCCUAAGACAGCUGCUGAUCCAGCGACAACGGAACAAACUUUAGUAGUUGAGAAGUAUUGCACCGAUCCGCUCACAGAUAUUGCCAGUCUCUGUGAUCUGAUUGGCGACGUGAUGACCUCCAUUGCAGAGCCGGGCGACUGUCGCCGCUACAUCAGCUGCGACGAGGAUGAGCCCGUCUCGCAACGUUGCCGCAACGGUGAGAGCUACGACAGCCUGCUGGGCAUCUGUCGCCAGAACGACGGCACCUGCCUUCUGGAGAACGGAGACCGUGUGGGCGUCUGCAACGGGAAGCAUGGCCAACUGGCGUGGAACACGCAUAAUUGUCGCGGCUACUUCAUCUGCCUGCACGGCCAGAAGAUCGAGGCCGAGUGCGAGGUGGGCCAGUAUUUCAGCAAGGCGACAAACACUUGUGAGCCAGAUACUCUUCAGCAGUGCACCAAUAAUUCCAACGAAAAGCCAAAAUCCGAUGAUUAGGCGUUGUGAUCGUAAGCCAUUUGGAAGCACUUCUUGUAUACCAAAAUUGAGUUUUAUAAAAUUAUCUUUGUGGUGUUGGGUUCAAUAAAAUUAGCAAUAAUUAAAAUUUUAUCCGUUUUCUAAGUUAGAAUUCGA